AAACGGGAUGAGGUGAGAGUGAAGGCAGGAAGUGCUGCGCUGGAAGAGAGAGAGGACGUGGACGCUUCGGAGAUCAAAGUGCAAGUGUGUGUGUACGCCUUUGACCUCCUCUAUCUCAACGGAGAGUCCCUGGUGCGGCAGCCGCUUUGUCGGCGUCGGGCUUUGCUGAGAGAAAGCUUCUCGGAGGUGGAGGGAGAGUUUGUGUUCGCCCGAUACAUCGACUCCGACAACACCGACUCCAUCGCAGAGUUCCUGGAGCAGUCUGUCCGAGACUCCUGCGAGGGUCUGAUGGUGAAGACUCUGGAGAAGGAUGCCACCUAUGAAAUUGCUAAGCGCUCUCACAACUGGCUCAAGCUGAAGAAGGACUACCUGGACGGGGUGGGGGACACGAUGGACCUGUGUGUGAUCGGCGCCUACCUGGGAAAAGGCAAGAGGGCGGGCGCCUAUGGGGGCUUCCUGCUGGCCUGCUACGAUGAGGAGAACGAGGAGUUUCAGUCUGUGUGCAAGGUGUGUCAUCACAUUUAGCUGAUGCUUCUAUCC